UACCAAACUAAUUUAAAAUCUCAAGAAAUAAAAUCAAAAUCCCAACAGUCUUCACAUUCACUUCCAUCGCAAAACCUAACUCGUCCCAGCCUCCCCAGUGGCCGGCGAAGACAGCCGCCUGUCAUUUUUUAGGCAAACUAAACUGUAUUCUUUGAGAGAAAGUGAGCGUUUCAACUAACCCUUGUUCUUUCUUUUUCAUUAUUACCUUUCUCUCCAUUUUCACCUUCCUUCGUUUUCACCGCCUGUGCUUUCGGUGUCUUCAAACAAUACACUUAUUCAACGCAUAUUCAAGGAGAGCUUAUUUUUCUCUUACCCAUUUCGAGAAAAAAAAAAUUUUUCUAUCCGUCCGUUUGUGCAAAAUCAAAUCUUUUCAGCAAAACUACUGUCUAUCAGGUUGAACCUUUGAAAAACUUCAUCUGGGUAUUUGCUGAAUUCUAAAUAAAAGCUUAUAUCAGACGUGGUUUUUCUUGUUAUGGGUAAGAGAGGAGGAAUUCAACUGUUUGAUGAUAGAAGUGCAAUCUGUGAUUUGGCAUCUCAAUGGAAUCUCAAAGACGAUAACUUUCAUUGUCAGUAUCAACUGGGUGGCUUAUUUGCAAGCGUGGGCCAAAUGGGAGUAAAUUUCGGUGUUUCUCCAAACUCGCCAAAUCCUCAUGACAGUAACAAUGGCGGCAUCAAAUCUCCGUUGACUGAUUUGUAUGUAAAGUACGUUACUUCAAAGGGUGGAGCUUGCAUUAUUGAGGUGCCGGAAGGUGAAACGACUAUGAAGAAGAAGAAGGGUGGACUUAAAUUGAAAAUUAAGAUUGCAAAUCCUUCAUUGAGGCGGUUGUUUAGUGGAGCAAUAGCUGGGGCUGUGUCAAGGACAGCUGUGGCUCCACUGGAGACUAUAAGGACGCAUUUGAUGGUAGGGAGCAGUGGACAUACAACUGGUGAGGUGUUCCAUAAUAUAAUGAAGACUGAUGGGUGGAAGGGCUUGUUUAGGGGUAAUUUGGUUAAUAUCAUCCGUGUUGCGCCUAGCAAGGCUAUUGAGCUUUUUGCUUUCGAUACGGUCAACAAGAAAUUGUCAGCCAAACCUGGGGAACAGUCAAAAAUUCCCAUUCCUGCAUCAUUAAUUGCUGGGGCCUGUGCUGGAGUUAGCUCAACUUUAUGCACAUAUCCUCUUGAGUUGGUCAAGACUCGUUUAACCAUACAGAGAGAUGCAUAUGAUGGUAUAGUUGAUGCAUUCGUAAAAAUACUGCAAGAAGAAGGCCCUGCAGAACUCUACAGAGGUCUUGCUCCCAGCCUAAUUGGAGUAAUUCCAUAUGCUGCCACCAAUUACUUCGCUUAUGAUUCAUUAAGGAAAGCUUAUAAGAAAGCAAUCAAGCAAGAAAAAAUUGGCAACAUUGAAACCCUUUUAAUUGGAUCACUAGCAGGUGCUAUAUCAAGUAGUGCAACUUUUCCUCUUGAAGUGGCUCGCAAGCACAUGCAGGUUGGAGCAGUCAGUGGACAGGUAUACAAGAAUGUUAUUCAUGCACUCGCUAGCAUUCUCGAGAAAGAAGGGAUCACUGGUUUGUAUAAAGGUUUAGGACCCAGCUGCUUGAAGUUGGUGCCUGCUGCUGGGAUUUCUUUUAUGUGCUAUGAAGCAUGCAAAAGAAUACUGGUUGAGAAAGACGAGGAAGCAUAAAUCUCUUUUGAAAAUAAGAAGGCUGGGAUACUUAUUUAUAUAUGCUGGGUUGAAUAAUUUUGCUCUCAUCUUUGAUACUGACAAUUUUUUUUUUUAAUGACUCGUUCAAGGAGGCAAUUUUCAGGCGAGAAUUUCUUUUUCUUUUUCUUAGAAAGAUGUCUUUUUUUUUUUUUUUCGCUUUUUAUUGGAUGAGACUGUAAGCCAAUUAAGAGAGAAUGAGAUUUUGAUUAUAUUUUGAAAUCGAGACCAUUUUUCCAUA